GACUUGGUAUUAAAAAUGUUUGAUUUGAUAAGACCCAAUUAGAUCUUGGGCCGAACCCCACCUCCCCACGUUCGCAAAAGACCCAAUUAGACUUUGUUCUCUAUUCACCAUCUUGCCUUCGAAAGCGAUGAGACGGUGAGAAAACACCAACACAAACUGGGAAGAGUGUAAAGCAAAAAAUGGCGGUUGAAAUCCCGAAGGAUCUAAUAACCCAACUCCAGAUCUCACUUCGCAAACAAGCCAACGUCCCUUCCUACGAUCCAAACGACUCCUCGCUUCCCACUCUACCUUCCCUCCCUCACUCCAUCUCUGACUCUCCCAACCGCUGCCUCCACUGCAAAGCCCAUCUCCUCCGAGGCUCCGACUCCCUCCUUUGCAUUUUCUGCGGCAAAAGCCAGACCAAUAGCGAGGCGUCACCUCGGCCCAUCAAAUUCAAGUCCACUUCCGGUUACCGCUGGUUCCUCCACUCCCUUAACUUAGAUGGAUCUGAAAUGGUGGGAGAGUCGUUAGAGGGGAAUGAAUCGAACAGAGGAUCCCGAGAGGAGUUUCCGUUAUCUGAUCUUUUGGAUUUAGAAAUAAGAUGGAAUGAUGCCGAGCUGGAGAAAUUUGAAUCUGUUUUGAGAAGGAAUAAUCAAUUGAAUUUGGCUGGACUUGAUCUUGAUGAAGAGUUUUUAGCUGAAAGGAAAGGAGAUUCUGUUUCAGUACCAUCCCAAGGUACAUUGGCAGUAAAUAAAGAGAGUGAUUCUACUGGGAGUAAUGCAAUUGAAUCGCGUGAGAACCUUAGUUUGUUUGAGAAUUUUCAGCGUUCUAAGAGUAGUGGUUCUGUUUCUGGUUGGCAGGCUGACUUUCAGGCUGCUGAUUCUAAAACUGAUCACAAUGCUAUUAGCUCGCAGUCGUUUGAUCCUUUUGUGGGUUCCUCAAAGGAUCUUUCUUUGCACAUGGAUACGGUCCUUGUACAGGGUAAAAUUUUAUUUCAUGGAAAAGAAGAAGGCAAUCAAACUUCUUCGGAAUCCAGAACAAACGACUGGUUUCAAGAUGAUAUGCAGAGUAAUUCCUCUUCAGGGGUGAGAACAGAGAAAGAAAACAUUCCUUCUUCUGGGAAUCUUGACUGGAUUCAAGGUGAUCAAGUGCAAAACAAUGCUAGUAAUGCCCCUGGUAAAAGAACUACUGAUGAUGAUGAUGAUGAUGAUUCCUUUGAUGCUUGGAAUGAUUUUAAGGGUUCCACCUGUGCACAAGAUGCUGCUCAUGGUUCUUCGGACCAUACUGCUAAUGGUACGAAGUCAAUGAAUGAAAAAGGUGGUAAUUCCUUUUCUGGGUUGGGGGUUGGCUCUGAAUCUACUGUUUUGGAAAUUCAACAUGAGGUAUCCAAAUCUUUUGAUCGUUUUGCAGGCUCUUCUGCUGAUCUUUCUACUCACAUGGAUAGUGUCUUUGGAACAGGAAAAGCAGUAGGUAACACAACUUCAUCCCAUGCUUCUAAUUGGUUGCAAGAUGAUCUAUGGAGUAAUUCCACCUCAGGGAUUCUUCAACAUCUUGAGCAAUCUGAUGCUAAUGUUGGUGAUAAGGAUGGUGGUAUGUUGAGAGAUCUAAGUAAUUAUUCCAUGAGUAUAAACAGAAUUCAAGAUGAUCAAUGGCAAACAACUAGCAAUAAAGAAGCUGAUAAUGGAACCAAUGAUGAAGAUGAUGAUUCAUUUGGGGCUUGGAAUGAUUUUAAAAGCUCAAGUGUUGUGCAUUCUUCAAUAAGUUCUUGGAAAGAACCUGCUAUCCAUGCUAAUUCUAUGGAAGAAAAGAGUAGUGACCCUUUUUCUGGAUGGGACACUGACUUUCAAUCUGCUAAUUCUAAAAAUCAUCAUGACGGAUCCAAAUCAUCUGAUCCUUUAGUGGGUUCCUCAAUAGAUCUUUUUGAUCACAUGGAUGCUGUCUUUGCAUCUGGAAAAGAUUUAGUUGAUGGGAAAGCAAAAGAUGGCUCCAGUGCAUCCAAUGCAAACAGCUGGUUUCAGGAUGAUCGAUGGAGUAAUUCUACCUCAAAUUUAACUCGUCAAGCUGAAAAUUUUGACACUGCUGUUAUGAAUUCUGGAGCAGAUCAGACUGUGCAUAAUUCUUCCUCCAUGAAGGUUGAUUGGUUUCCAGAUGAUCAAUGGCUAACAGGCAACAAAAAGGCACCUGAUAGAAAAACUGUUGAUGAAUCAGACAAUUCUUUUGGAGAUUGGAAUGAUUUUAAAACCUCAACUACUAUGCAAGAUGCUUUUAGUAAUUCUUGGAAAGAAGUUGCUAUACCUGAUAAUAAGACCAUUGAUUAUAAUGAUGACUUGUCUGCUGCCUGGAAUGAUUUUACUAGCUCAACUAGUGCAAAAGAUCCUUCAAGCAUUUCUUUCGAACAAGCUGUCCAUCAUGAAAAGCCUUCUGUUGGGACUUCGGAAACACACUUGUUCACUAUGGAUAGGAAUUCAUAUAAUAAUAAUUUUGGUAGUUUAUCUGAACCUGAUUUCUUUUCAGGGGCAUUCAGCAGUCAAAGUGUCUCUACUGAAAUUAAUAUUAUGCUGCCUGAAGCUCCUGAUUCAGACAGGAUGGCUGAUGCAAAUGUAAGAGGUGGUAAUAAUGCUGAAGUUGCAAAAGAUGGAGAUUUUUCCAGUGCAACAACAGCGUUAACAACCGAUGAUCUAGAGAUAUUGAUGUCACAAAUGCAUGAUCUAUCUUUUAUGCUGGAAAGCAAUCUUUCAAUACCUCCAAUCCAGAAGUAGAUGGAUGUAAUUAACUUUCUAAAUAUUGGGAGCCAUUUUUUCCCCUCUCAAGUUUCUCUUCUUUUACUUGUUCUUGUCUGUGCUGUAUUCUAGUUUUGAUUGGUCCAUGUGUUUGCAUUCUUCCCUGUAUCCAGUGGUGGUCCUAUGGCGUUGUUGUUCCUUUUAUGUUAGCAUAAUGUAUUAUGAAAUGUUUAACGAAAUAAAUAGAACUUUCUUUGGAUUUUUUUUUUUCAAGUAUAAUACUAGAAAAGUUGCUUAUUCUAAACUGCAUUGUCAGUGCAGGUCUUACUUGAACAAUGCCAACAGCUAUAAUCAUACCAUACUGCACAUAGAAGGUUGGGUAAUGAA